CCGCGGGCGAUGGGGCGGCGCUCGCGCCCUCCCGGCGGCGGCGCGAGGACCCCAAGUUUGGGGGCGAGGGCGCGGGCCCCCCGCGCCGGUCCCCUCCUCGGCCUCCCCGGCCCCGGCGCGCGCGCGGCUCGGCUCCGCACGUAUUGUUUGGCUGGGUCUCUAAUGGCGGACGCGGAGGCAACGCUGCCGGUCGUCGACUGCGGGGGGGCAAGUCUCGGGCCCGGGGCAGGAGCUGGGGGCCAGCGCGGGGGGCUUCCGCUCCGUGGCGACGCGAGCCGCCCCCUGCCCCCGCGUGGGUGCGGGCGCGCCGGGCACGGCGCCGGGUGGGCCGAUUCCGGGGACAGGAUUCCCCGCUGGCGUCGAGGCUGCGCUCGCCCUUCCCCCUCCCGCUCCCGGAGCAGGCCUGCUGCCCUCCGCCUCUUCCCUCCAGGGACCAGGAGUCGCCUUCAUCCCUACCUGGUGCAUCUUUGGCAGGACCUGAGGCGGAAAACACCCCCAUUGUUCUCUGGCAUGGACACAGGUUCAGCGGGAGGAUUAGAACUCACUGAUCAGACUCCAGUUUUGUUGGGGAGGACGGCCAUGGCAGCUAGCCUCACGGACGUGGGAAAUUCAUUUAGUGGGCCACCUAACCCUUUAGUGAAUAGAUCUAAUAAGUUUCAGAACUCAUCAGUGGAAGAUGACGAUGAUGUUGUGUUUAUUGAACCUGUACAACCUCCCCCACCUUCUGCACCAGUGGUAGCUGAUCAGAGAACCAUAACAUUUACAUCAUCAAAAAAUGAGGAGCUACAAGGAAAUGAUUCCAAAAUUCUUCCUUCCUCAAAAGAAUUGGCUUCUCAGAAGGGGAGUGUGAGUGAGACAAUUGUCAUUGAUGAUGAAGAGGACAUGGAAACAAAUCAAGGGCAAGAGAAAAAUUCCUCUAGUUUUAUUGAACGGAGACCAGCUGAGUCUAAAACCAGAACCAAUGAUGUGGAUUUCUCCACUCCCAGUUUUUCAAGAAGUAAGGUAAAUGCAGGAAUGGGUAAUAGUGGUAUCACCACAGAACCAGACUCUGAAAUUCAGAUUGCUAACGUUACGACCUUAGAAACAGGUGUCAGCUCUGUGAGUGAUGGCCAAUUAGAAAAUCCCGACGGGCGAGAUAUGCACCUAAUGAUCACACACGUGACAUCCCUGCAGAAUACCAGCUUGGGAGAUGUCUCUAACGGACUGCAGUCGAGUAGCUUUGGUGUUAAUAUGCAAACAUACACCCCGUCUUUAACUUCACAGACCAAGACUGCAGUAGGACCUUUUAACCCUGGUAGGAUGAAUGUGGCAGGAGACGUAUUUCAGAAUGGAGAGUCUGCAGCUCAUCACAAUCCUGAUUCUUGGAUCUCCCAGUCAGCAUCCUUUCCCCGAAAUCAGAAACAGCCAGGGGUGGAUUCUUUGUCGCCAGUGGCCUCACUUCCUAAACAGAUUUUCCAGCCUUCCGCCCAGCAGCAACCCACUAAGCCAGUUAAAGUCACCUGCGCAAACUGCAAGAAGCCUCUGCAGAAGGGCCAGACGGCAUAUCAGCGAAAAGGAUCCGCUCACCUCUUCUGUUCUACCACCUGCCUCUCUUCCUUCUCUCACAAGCCUGCUCCAAAGAAACUUUGUGUUAUGUGUAAAAAAGAUAUAACUACAAUGAAAGGAACCAUUGUUGCUCAAGUGGAUUCGAGCGAAUCCUUCCAGGAAUUCUGUAGUACAUCUUGUCUGUCUCUCUAUGAAGACAAGCAGAAUCCUACUAAAGGAGCGCUAAAUAAGUCCAGAUGUACAAUUUGUGGUAAACUAACAGAGAUUCGCCAUGAAGUUAGCUUUAAAAAUAUGACUCAUAAGCUGUGCAGUGACCACUGCUUUAAUAGAUACAGAAUGGCCAAUGGUCUGAUAAUGAAUUGCUGUGAGCAGUGUGGGGAGUACCUGCCCAGCAAAGGUGCUGGAAACAAUGUCCUGGUCAUUGAAGGUCAGCAGAAGAGAUUUUGCUGCCAAAGUUGUGUCAGUGAAUACAAGCAGGUAGGUAGCCAUCCAAGCUUUCUGAAGGAGGUUCGAGAUCACAUGCAGGACUCUUUCUUAAUGCAGCCUGAGAAAUAUGGAAAACUGACCACUUGCACUGGGUGCCGCGCGCAGUGCCGGUUUUUUGACAUGACUCAGUGCAUAGGCCCUAACGGGUACAUGGAGCCCUACUGCUCGACCGCUUGCAUGAACAGCCACAAGACGAAGCAUGCAAAAUCCCAAAGUUUGGGAAUUAUUUGCCAUUUUUGUAAGCGAAACUCUUUACCUCAGUAUCAGGCCACAAUGCCUGAUGGAAAGCUAUAUAACUUUUGCAAUUCCAGUUGUGUGGCUAAAUUCCAGGCUCUGAGCAUGCAGUCAUCUCCCAACGGCCAGUUUGUAGCUCCAAGUGAUAUUCAGUUGAAGUGCAACUAUUGCAAAAAUUCCUUUUGUUCAAAGCCAGAAAUCCUGGAAUGGGAGAACAAAGUGCAUCAGUUCUGCAGCAAAACUUGUUCAGAUGACUAUAAGAAGCUGCAUUGCAUAGUUACAUAUUGCGAAUACUGUCAAGAGGAGAAGACUCUUCAUGAAACAGUAAAUUUCUCUGGCGUUAAGAGACCUUUCUGUAGUGAAGGCUGCAAACUGUUGUACAAACAGGAUUUUGCAAGGCGUUUAGGAUUGAGGUGUGUGACUUGCAACUACUGCUCUCAGCUGUGUAAGAAGGGGGCGACCAAGGAGCUGGACGGUGUGGUGAGGGACUUCUGCAGCGAGGACUGCUGCCGGCGCUUCCAGGACUGGUACUACAAGGCCGCGCGGUGUGACUGCUGUAAAUCUCAGGGGACCCUGAGGGAGCGAGUGCAGUGGCGAGGGGAGAUGAAGCACUUCUGCGACCAACACUGCUUGCUGCGCUUCUACUGCCAGCAGAAUGAGCCCAACAUGACGACCCAGAAGGGGCCUGAGAAUUUGCAUUAUGAUCAGGGUUGUCAGACGUCCCGAACCAAAAUGAUGGGCUCAGCACCUCCCCCUUCUCCAACCCCCAGCAAGGAGAUGAAGAACAAGGCGGUUCUGUGCAAACCUUUGACCAUGACGAAGGCGACUUACUGCAAGCCUCACAUGCAGAGCAAAUCUUGUCAGACAGAUGGCGCGUGGAGGACGGAGUACGUCCCGGUGCCCAUCCCCGUGCCUGUGUACGUCCCGGUGCCCAUGCACAUGUACAGCCAGAGCAUCCCCGUGCCCACGACCGUUCCUGUGCCCGUGCCAGUCCCCGUGUUUCUGCCCGCCCCCUCGGACAGCAGUGAGAAGAUCCCCGAGGCCGCUGAGGAGCUCAAAAGCACGGUUUCUUCAGACCCCCUGGGCACAGAGCUGCUGACGGUGCCGGACGUGGCUGAGGACGAGGGGAAGGCAGAGGGCACCAACAUCCACAGUGUAAUUAUUGAAACGGACAUAAUUGGCUCAGAUCUCUUGAAGAACUCUGACCCAGAGACGCAGUCCAACAUGCCUGAUGUACCAUAUGAACCAGAUUUGGAUAUUGAAAUAGAUUUCCCUAGAGCUGCUGAGGAGCUUGAUAUGGAAAAUGAGUUUUUAUUACCACCUGUUUUUGGAGAAGAAUAUGAGGAACAGCCUAGACCUCGAUCUAAAAAAAAGGGAGCCAAGAGGAAGGCGGUGUCAGGGUACCAGUGUCAUGACGACAGUUCUGACAACUCGGAAUGCAGCUUCCCUUUCAAGUACACGUACGGGGUAAACGCCUGGAAACACUGGGUCAGAACGAGGCAACUUGAUGAAGAUCUUCUGGCAUUAGAGGAGCUAAAAUCUUCUAAAUCGGUAAAGUUAAAAGAGGAUCUGCUCUCUCACACCACGGCUGAGCUUGACUAUGGCUUGGCCCAUUUUGUCAACGAGAUCCGAAGGCCAAAUGGAGAGAAUUAUGCCCCUGACAGCAUCUAUUAUCUUUGCCUUGGGAUUCAGGAGUACUUGUGUGGUAGUAAUCGAAAAGACAACAUAUUUAUUGAUCCAGGAUACCAGACAUUUGAGCAAGAAUUGAAUAAAAUACUCCGAAGUUGGCAACCAAGCAUACUUCCAGAUGGGUCAAUAUUUUCUCGAGUUGAAGAAGAUUAUCUGUGGAGGAUAAAACAGCUAGGAUCACACUCUCCAGUAGCUCUUCUGAAUACCCUGUUCUACUUUAACACUAAGUAUUUUGGCCUGAAAACAGUGGAACAGCACUUAAGGCUUUCCUUUGGCACUGUGUUUAGGCAUUGGAAAAAAAACCCUUUAACAAUGGAAAAUAAGGCGUGUCUUCGAUACCAAGUGUCUUCCUUAUGUGGAACAGAUAAUGAAGAUAAAAUUACUACUGGAAAAAGAAAACAUGAGGAUGAUGAGCCAGUAUUUGAACAAAUUGAAAAUACAGCCAAUCCUUCGAGAUGUCCUGUGAAAAUGUUUGAAUGCUACUUGUCUAAAAGUCCACAGAAUCUUAAUCAGAGAAUGGAUGUUUUUUAUUUGCAACCAGAAUGCUCUAGCUCUACAGACAGCCCUGUCUGGUACACGUCUGCUUCACUGGACCGAAACACCUUGGAAAAUAUGCUUGUACGGGUUCUUUUAGUAAAAGAUAUUUAUGAUAAAGACAAUUAUGAACUGGACGAAGACACAGACUAAAAAGGAACGUUUCAGAAGCAGUCGGGAUAAAACAGCAUUAGAUAGUCAUGCUGCUAGAUCUUUACUAUGGAAAACAUUUCAAGUUUACUCCUUCUGUUUUGAGUUUUGUAGCAGUGUACCCACACUGGGUAUUACCAUGUAAAUAAUCUGUGAGUGAAAGUUGCCAUUAUUCUAUGUAGUGGUUUUAGGAUACUUACAAAUACAUCCAGAUUCUUUUUUUAUUAUUAUUUAUUUGAUUAGGUAUGUUUGUAACUUUUUACAUUACAAACUAUGAGUGAGACCGUGCCAUGUAUCAUUUUCCUCGUAAAGAAACACCCAUGUUGCACAAGUCUGCUGGCGCGAGGCUUCCUGGAAACGGGCUCUUCUGCUGGGUUCUUGAGCAGAUGGUGGUGUGUGGGGAGCACCUGCUAAAAGUUUAGAACGUGCAGUGUCUUUCAGAGUUUUUAAAAUAAACUGUAAACUAAUAGGCUGGGGGUUUUGUUUUGUUUUUUGGGGGGGGUUUUGUUUGUUCGUUUUAUGCUGUAGUUACUGAAGCCUUACAAGGUCCUGUAGAGAGAUACCAUCUUCUGUACCAGAAAUAGACAGGAGAGUGCUGUUGGUACUGGUGCACCGUGACGUGAGGCUGCGCUGGUGAGCAGGACGCUUUGUCCCCGUGUUAAAACCUCAGGGUCCUUUUCUCACUUGUGGCUUUCUGCAUCACCCCAGACGAUAAUAAAUACAUAUAUGUAUACGUACAUAUAUGUGUGUGUGUGUAUACGUGUAUACAUGUGUAUAUGUACAUAUACACACACAUAUAAAGAAUGAUGUUGAUAAGAUGAUCAUGGAGACAUUUUCCUUGUAAAAAUGUCUGAUGAAAAUAUAAAAUUCUGUUUUCUAUGUCAACCCUAAGUAUCCCAAAUCCCCUUCAUUUAUAAGCGUUUGGUGUUUCUCUCCGCAAGGAUACAGGUCGUGUUUCCAUUCCCGGGUGGUACUCCACAGCUUCACCAACUUUAUGAAAAUUCUCGUAUCUGCCCACAAAUAUGACUGAUGCACACGUUGGGUAAAAUUAUGUUUAAAAAUGCCACUCCUGAGACUGUUAUGGAAAGUUGAGCUAGUUUAAAUAACAUAGUACCCGUUUCACUGUGAGGAUUAGCAGUGCAGUGACUCUGAUGGUUCAGAUGAUGGGAGGACAGAGAAAGAGACUGAUGUAUAAAGUGUAUCUUGAAGGAAAUUAAGUUUGAUGUGAGAUUGUUUGGCUUUUACAUUUUAAUUACUUCUUAUAGAAGAUUGCAUUAAAACACUUUGUACUUCUGCAUAGCAAUUUAUCCAUUCAGACCUUUUCUUUUAGAACAAGAAUGUUUACAUAAAAUCCUACCUUCUAAAGACUGAGAAAGUGCCAGCUGCAAUUACCAUGAAGAAAUCCUUUGGCUGACUUCACAGAGCUUGAGUGUGAUCAUAUGGUCUUGUUUCCAGUUCUUGAGUCACCACAGUGAUGUUUGUUAUUACAGUUGUUUGGGGGAAAUUGGGCUAUUUUCCACAGUGGUUAAGCAAUGUCUACACAUCCCUUAAAUUCUUCUCUCUUCCUUGGGAUAAAUGUUAGCAUUCAGAAGAGAUCUUCUCAAUCACAAUUUGGAAAAUUCCACGUGUAAUCAACUGUAUAUUGAAGCAAUAAUUAACAGAAAUAUUUUUGGCAUAAGAAUUAUUUUAUAAUGUUCUAACUUGUUUUAUAAGUUUGAAUAACGUUUCUGUCCCUUAAUUGAUUUUGUAUAUGUGGAUUUGAUAAUCAGACUGACAGUAGCAAAUCGUAUAUCACUUACAUAUAGACGCUCGUUGUCUGCUUAAUGGAGGAGGUAACAUUUAAAAUAUAAAAUACAAACAUUUCCUCAUCCUCACCUUUUUCCAGAACUACUGCUUUAAGCACUUUUCCUAUAAACACAUAUCGCUGAUUAAAGGUGAUUAAUCCUGACCAUCUUUUACUCUCUGAACGGGUGCUAUAUUCCAUUGAGAGCAAUAAAGUCUCCCCGAAUGUCACUUAAUGUAUAUUUCACCAAACACCAUACAUUUCUGCCACGGUCCCACUAUGAAUAGCACCUUGUCUUGCUAUUUUCAUUUCCUUUAUUGUACAUUUUGGCUUUUCUAAACAGAAAUGUCUACAUAGUUUUGAUAUUGAUAUGAUUAAGGAUUUAGAGCUCUUGUCUUUGUUUUGAUUGCAAUCCAAGGAUUGGUUAACUUGACUCUCAGGGGGGAAAAGAAAAUAAUACUAUUUUAUGAGAAUUGUUUGUUCUGUGAAACUUACUUCAUCUAGAGUACGUUUCGUUGGUUGCUGGGUCUCCUUAGUCUUUGUGGUCCCAGGUGACCGCUGAGAGAAGGAUAGUGACAUGAUAGCUUCUUCUUGCAUCUUAGUGAUUUCUGAUGACAGCAUCUUGUAAAUACAGUAUUGUUGCCUUUAGAUGUCUAUUGGAGAUGCUAUAUUUUUCUGUUCUGAAGAUUUUGCCAUUUAAAAUGAAUCAAUGAAAAAGUUUUUAUCCAUAUUGAAAAAUGAAUUUCCCAUGCAAAACUGAAUCUUCAUUACCACUUUUUUUUUUUUUUUUAAAGACUUUUAACUGUAUUGGGUAAUGUAAGAUAUUAAAGGACUUUUCUGGGCAAGAAGCUCAACUCUUCUUUUGGCCAUAAAAGUACUUUUUGUUUAAAUAGUAGUUCACAUUUCUCUUCUGCUACAUGGAGUUGUUACCAGUGAAUUACACACGCUAAGAUAGGGAGAGCGUGUGUGUUGUACCGUGCGUUCAGACGUCUGUCACUGUUUUCUGAGGGGGCUUCCCUCUGUUCUGGGCACCUGUGGUUUGCGACUGGGGUGGUUGCGUGUGCACCGUGUGAAGGGUCGCAAUAACGAAGUGAUAACAUUGCACAUUUUGGGUUCGUACUACUCUCAUUUACACUUUUAUUUUGCCAGUUAUUUCCAACUGAAUUGUUAUACACACAGCACUUAUGUUCUGACUGAACAAUGCCUGUAGGGUCAUCUCCUUGUUCCCCUCAUGAAAGUGUGCAUGAAAAUAUUUUUAAAGAAUAAAUUUCUUUAACUAAAUUAUAAUACUGUUGGAUUUCCCCCUUAGUAAGCCUCUUACUCAUUUUUAGAGAAGUUCUUUGGAUUUUAGUUGUUUCAUUCUACUAGACCAUUGUUAAUGUUGUUUUCCAGAGUUAUGUACUUUUUUGUCACUUGUGGGUAUAUCAUGCUUGAAAAUGAUGCUAGUAACAAAAUCUUAUGAAUUUAGAAGUUGAUGUCCAGAACAGGUUAGUGGUGUCAGCCUGAGUCUGAGAGUAGAAACACUGAAAAUGGUGUCUCAAUUAGUCCUGUUUUCCCCUCUUUACUUAGAAGCUAGAUGUUAGAGGAGUACCCCGAAUUAGUUGCCGUGAACCCUGCCUUAUGUUCUUAACAUCUGUGCAUAUAACAUUCCUAGUUAAUUACUUGAGUUAAAGCAUCCAUGAAUUUAGGCCUUUUGAGAAAAAAGAACCAAAGUGAAACUAAGGUUUAAUCUGUAAAUAAAGUAUGUAUUAGGAAUAGAACCAUAGGGGGUACACAGACCCUGUGGGUGUACUAGCAGAGGUCAUCGUGUGAUUGACUGAAGCAGGUGUAACCCUGACUGAGCCUUUUUUCUCUGCCGUGGUCAGGGGAGAAUAAUUACAGCUCUUUCUGUGGCUUUUUGCUAGGUCCUUUAUUCUACGGGUUUCAGUUUCUUUAUCUGUAAAGUGAAGGCUUUGCCUUGAUUUUUUUUUUUUUUAACUUUUAUUGAGAUACAGUUGACAUACAAUAAACUGCAUAUAUUUAAAGUGAUAUUUGAUAUUUUGAUUUUU